GCGGUGCGCAGGCCCCAGGGCGGAGUCGGGCGUGCUGCCGGGCGAGGGAGGGGGUGCAGCGGCUGAGUAGUCCGGUGCUCCCUCAGGCCGUGGUCGCCAUUCAGAAUGCUGAGCAAAGAAGAGAAAUAACCUUGCAGAGGACUGCCUGCAACCUCUGAAUCACCUUAUGCCACAGAUGACAACCGGGAAGUAUAUACAGAAGAAAGGGAGAUACUGAGGAAAUAGCUGAGUAAUAUAAGAUUCUGACAGAUUUUAAGAACAAAUGCACCUUAUAGCUCAUGGAAGAAAAAACACAAAUCAAAACAUUUUUGGGUUCCAAGUUGCCAAAGUAUGGAGCAAAAUCUGUAAGAAGUACGCUGCAGCCAGUGCCAAAUGGGACAGCUGUUAAUUUAUUAGGAACGUCAAAGAGUGGUAAUGUGAACAGUUACAUCAAAAACAAUGGAUCUGAUUGUUCAUUGUCCCAUUCAUUUAACUGGAGAAAAGCAAGUAAAUAUCAACUUAGUGCUCAAAGUACUGAAGAGCCUAAUAAUACUCAAAAUUUACAUGAUAAAGUAAUCGAUCCUGAAAAACAUGCUCCUACUCAAGGAAGGUUUGAUAAAAAUGGAGUAAAAGGAAGUUUGAAAAGUGCUUCUUUAUUCACAUCAAAGAUAGCAAAGCCAUCCACUAUGUUUGUGUCAUCUACAGAAGAAUUAAACCAAAAGUCUUUUUCUGGACCAUCUAAUUUGGGUAAAUUCACCAAAGGCACAUUAUUGGGAAGGACUUCCUUUUCUUCGAUCAGUGCUCCGAAAUCUCAGCUGAAUGGAUUUUAUGGCAGCCGAUCCACUAGCAGCAUGCAAAGCCCUAGAGCAAACUCCUGUGCCACCAGAAGCAGUUCUGGAGAAAGCUUAGCACAGUCCCCAGACAAUAUUAAAUCUACUACUUGUGAGAAAAUGGUAAGGUCACAGAGUUUUUCACAUUCCAUUGAGAAUUCAUUCCUUCCCCCUUCAUCUAUAACCAGGUCACAUUCCUUCAAUAGAGCUGUAGAUCUCACAAAGCCUUAUCAGAACCAACAGCUACCCAUUCGAGUGCCUCUCCGGUCAAGUAUACUAACAAGAAAUACCCGGCAGUCAGAAGUACUCAAUGGGAAUGAACAUUUGGGGUAUGGAUUUCAUAGGCCUUAUGUUGCUGGUGGAAAGAAGUUGGCUUUACCCAAUGGCCCAGGUGUAACUUCCUCUUUGGGUUAUAGGAUGGUUCAUCCUUCUCUUCUGAAAUCUAGCCGACCUCCAUUUGCUGGAACCCUCACAGUUGAUGGUAAUAAAAAUUCACCUGCUGACAUGUGUGUAGAGGAAGAGACUGCAGAUUUGACUAAGGACAGUACUACUAAGAAGGACCAAGAAGUAAUUGAAAAUGAAAGUUACAGAACAGCAAAUGACCAGACCAUGAAACAUGAUGCUAAAAUGAGAUACUUGAGUGAUGAUGUGGAUGAUAUUUCGUUGUCUUCUUUGUCAUCUUCUGAUAAAAAUGAUUUAAGUGAAGACUUUAGUGAUGAUUUUAUAGAUAUAGAAGACUCCAACAGAACUAGAAUAACUCCAGAGGAAAUUUCUCUCAAAGAAGAAAAGCAUGAGAGUGUUGCAUCAAAGGAUAUCUUUGAUUCCCCUAAGGAAAAUGAAAAGGACUUCAGUAAAACCGAUGAGUGGCUAGAUAUAAGUGUAUCUGACAGGAGUGAAUGUGCAAAACAUACUUCUGGAAAUAACUUGAUUUCACCGGAUACAGAUUACAGAGCUGGUUCUUCAUUUGAACUCUCUCCAUCCGAUAGCUCUGAUGGGACGUACAUGUGGGAUGAAGAGGGCUUGGAACCCAUUGGAAACGUCCAUCCUGUUGGGAGCUAUGAGUCUUCUGAAAUGAACAGCAUAGAUAUUCUGAAUAAUCUUGAAUCAUGUGACCUCGAGGAUGAUGAUCUUAUGCUUGAUGUGGAUCUACCUGAGGAUGCACCUCUUGACAAUGUGGAGUGUGACAAUAUGAAUCGCUUUGACCGAUCAGACAGAAAUGUGCGGCAGUCUCAGGAGGGAUUUUGGAAAAGGCCACCCCAGAGGUGGAGUGGACAAGAACAUUACCACCUCAGCCAUGCUGACCACUAUCAUCACCACGGGAAAAGUGACUUGAGCAGAGGCUCUCCUUACAGAGAAGCACCUUUGGGUCAUUUUGAAAGCUAUGGAGGGACCCCCUUUUUCCAGGCGCAGAAGGUGUUUGUAGAUGUCCCAGAAAACACCGUGAUGCUGGAUGAGAUGACCCUGCGGCACAUGGUCCAGGACUGCACCGCCGUGAAAACGCAGCUGCUCAAACUGAAGCGGCUGUUGCACCAGCAUGAUGGAAGUGGGUCAUUGCAUGACGUUCAGCUCUCGUUGCCCCCCAGUCCAGAACCAGAAGAAGCUGAUGAGACGUAUAAGAAUGAAGAUUUAUUAAAUGAAAUAAAACAGCUUAAAGAUGAAAUAAAGAGAAAAGAUGAAAAAAUUCAACUAUUAGAACAUCAACUUGCAACCCGGUGUAAGUGCCACCAAAAAUCACAAGAGGAAAAAGGCACAUAUGCUGAUAAAUAUACCCAAACACCCUGGAGAAGAAUUCCUGGUGGGUAUUCUGCUCCCUCCUUCUCUCCUUGGCAGGGCUCCUUCCAAGGGAUCCCACGGACUGCCCCACCGCACCGCAGACAGAGUGAGUCUGUGUCUCUCACUCCUCUCCUGCUCCGGCUUCCUGUUCCUGGAGUUGAGAAGUUAGUCCAUUACUUCUCUGACAAAGCGUGCCUCAAGUACUACAGCCUUCCAGCAGCCUUCCCAGACCCACAGACCACGCCCAGGGAAAACUAACAAAGCCACCACACACCGAGGCCCGCAGUGAGUGCGCGGCCCAAGGUCUGCGUCAGGACAGUGCGCAUCCAGAUGGAAGCUGUUCGCGCAGCUCGCAACAGGAAAACAGCAGUGGUUUGGAAGACUGGCCUUUCCCCUCCCGCCCACAGUUUGCAGUGGACGUGGCUAAGAGUACACCUUGUGAAGUGAACUUGAACAUGGCCAUGAAUGCCCCAGAGCCUUCCCACUUGGAAAAGAAUCAAAGCAAUGAUACGCAGUUUGUACCUUCUCUUCAGACACCUGCCCAGUCAAGCACAGAGGACCAAGCUUCGGGGAUUGGAAGACAUCAAUCUCUGUGGGUGGGCUGCCCAUCCCAGCCCAAGUCCUUGCAGCUUUUAAAGUCAUCCAUCUUGAGUUCUUUGGCAUCUCCUCCAGAUUCUGAAUCAUCUCCAAGUAAUACUCCUGCUUCUAAGAAGUCACUGAUAGUCACACCAUGUAAUUCACCAAAACUUCAACCAACAUCUGGUCAAGCAAGCGUAACAAAUCUGAAUUUGAAAGCAUCUAAGCUCCGCCUCCCUUCCACCUCUUUCAAACAAAAACAAGUAGGUAACCCCAGCCCUCGACCAGAGCCUCAAAACUUACAGGCCAAAACAAGCAUCCCAAGGCCACUAGCACGACAAAAAGAAAUCAUGCAGAAUCCAAAUGGCCAUUUGCAUUCUGGGGAUUGUUUGGCCUCUAAUCGGUGUUCGCGUCUUCCUAAACCAAAGAUACAUUAAGUACAUAGCCAUCGCCUGCCAAUUUGCUUUUCUUUAAAAGUCUGUUCUGUAAUAGCUUUAUGUGCUAUAUGUUUGCUACCAUGUUAGAGGUUCUGUUGAAAGCCUGCAAAUCUGGAAAUUAAAAUGUGGAAGUUUCCACUAGUUCGGCUCUUCCAUUUUUUGUCCUGGUUGAAGUACGUACCAUGGGAGCAUACUUGUCUCAGGUAAACACAGAAGUUUGCUUGUCCAUCUCAGAGGCCUUCAUGUCUCUAAUCAUGCUGUCCAUUCCCCUGCACAUCGUGAAAGUCGUAAUCCACUGAGCAGGCGAGAAGUGUGCUUUGCUGAUUCAGUCCUCUUGUGGUCUGCGUUACUGCGCUUAUGGGAAACCGCCCCUUUCACAUGUUUCCCUGGGACUGUGGCUGCCAUUUAACUAAAGAUGUGGUAGUAAUGGAAGAUGGUCAUCUGUCAGCAGAGCUCUGGCCAGUGUUUUGUAUAUUUAAAAGGUCUAUGCAAAAGCUUUGUGACGAAUAAAGGAGAUCAGGCUUUUAAUGGGAAGUCUAUGUAAGUUUUAUUUUUCUUUACUGAGAUCAGCAGAUGUUACUAGUUUAUUCAUUUACAGAUGGAUUUCCCAGGCUGAAAAUAUUCAAUAUUGUAUAUAAACCAAUUAUACUUUCUUUAAUGUCUUGUUUCUCAUACACACAUUAGCAUUGUGCUUGUAUUGGUACUGGGUAGAUGUGGAGAUCUUUCGAUACACCGUGAAACCCAUUAACAACGGUGUAUCUGUUUGUAACAUGUGUUAGUGCUAGAGUUUUGCUGGCAGUUCAGUUUCGAACCCUGUAGACUUACCCAUCAUAGCUGAUAAGGUUCCACAGCAUAUAUUUUAAAUUGUCUGUAUUGUAAUAUUUAUAUUUAUUGACUGCUAAAAUCGGAAGACUGGAAUAAUGGACUUGAAAUAUUUGCACAAAACUUUGCUGGGAUAUAAGUAUCUCACACAUAGGGACUUAAAGCUUAUUUUGUAUAGCAAAAUAAGUUAAAAUAUUUUGAAAAGAAUUACACUUUAAGACUCUCUUGAGAAAGAAUUCAUAAUAGUUUUGUUUUUCUGAGUUUCCUAGGUUGCUUUUCUCAGUUGGUGCAUAUCUGAGUGACAGUUCCUUGAAAAGUAGAUCUGGGAAGGAAAAUAGGACUGCACUUGGGAAAUGGUUUCAUUAAGAGAUAUUUCUAAAGAAAUAUGCUUGUUUGUUUCAAUGUGCUACCCUAGGUAGCUGUGGAACCUCCCAGCGAUCACAUGUAUGAACCCUGUCUUGCUGUGGGGCACUUGUUGGACAGCUGAGUAAAUUUGCCUUCUGCUUUCUGAGAUCAUGUCAUCUUCAGGCUGCUCAUCCAAAGCUAAUUGAAUUGGAAUUAAUAUUUUUAGACAAAAUACCUUAGAAGAUCAAUUUAUGCUUUGAUCAGUUAACCAAAAAUAUAUCAAAAGGAAUUAUGGCCAAAAAAAUCACUUGAAUUUCUAAGGAUUCCUUUAAGAAAUGUGCAUUACUAAUAUUAUCUGCUGUCUUUUAAGAGAAAAAUAGCAAGAGCUUGAGAGGGAAUUCCCAAAGCAAUGUUUGCUCCCAUUCUGAUGCAGGCUUCACUCCUGGGGGCCACGCCCUGGAGUUGCCCCGAACCUUUUCUUAGACUUGGUACUAGGUGAGCAGCGUGCAUCUAGCAUAGUAUACUCACACCACAGCAUUUGUCUCAGUAUUUCAGAUUUUCUGUGUUAAUGUCAGAAACCCCUCUGCCUAGUCCAGAUACCGUUAGUGUAGGGUCACCACACUGGUUGGCAGAGCUCUGCUUUGUUCAUGGAGCUGAGCCUAGAUGACCACAGCUAUGAAGGUGGAUACCUGUGGUCUUUUGUUUUGAAAGUGAGAGAAAACUGAUUUCAUGCAUUGCAAAUAGGGUGCUGUCUUACUUCCAUAAAGUAAAACAUAGUAAUGAAUUACAUAGUAGGCUUCUGGUUUGUUUAGAGGUUUGGUAUAGACCCUUAUGAAGUAUUAUGUACAAGUUGGCCUUAUCCUUAGGGAAAACUUUCUACAUUUUUAUUUUUAAACCCCCCUCCCCCCCCCCGUCUAAAUGAAAUGUCUUUAUUGACUGUAACAUAAAAGUAUUGACUCCAGUAAUUUAUUCUUUUGUGCUGUUUUCAUUCUCUCUGAUGGAUUUGUAGAAAUGUAACUCAUGGAUGGUUCAGCUGCUCUGUACCUUUGGUAAGCCUUACUCUUGGCAGAAGAUAGGGUUGUCAAUAUAAUUACAAAGCAUAUUUAAGGAAAAAAAAGCCUGCAGUGCUUAUACAAGUAACAAAGUAUUCUGCAGUUUUUUUUAAAGAUGCAAUGCCAUGCUGGUAGGUUAGUGAAUGUUAAGUCAGAAAUGGAAGUGAGCGCAUCGCUUUGCUGAAUAAUCAGAGCUCAGCUUCUCAGAUUCGGCUUGCUCUCUCUUCACUGCUUCUGUAGAUCAGCUCUGUGCCAAGCCUUCCCCCUACAAAAGCUUAGAUCACUAAUUCUCUUAGUUAUUGUGGGAUCAGUAAAGACACUUGAAAUAUGUAAAUUCAAAGUCUCAAGGAAGAAGUUAUGCAGGGGUUGGUUAAGCUUCCCAUUUAUGAAAGAAAAAAAUUAAUAUGCAGAGUCAUGUAUUAGGUUAUUAAUAGGAUGCACAUAAAUUUUUUUAAAGAAGGCUUGGCCGAAGGAGUUUAUAAGUAUAGGUAAGGAAUAUUUUAAGGCAGUAAACAAAGGAUUACAGAGUUACAUCAUUUAGAGUGUUUCUAAUAACAGACCAUCUAGCAUUUUUCUUUUGGAGUCUCAUUUUCAUUUGUGCAAUAUUCCAGGCAUUUAAGACUACUGUUCAUUGUAUUUAUAUAGAUAUUAGGGAACUUACUAAGUAUUUUAACAAGUAAAAAUCUGAAUAUGAGAGAAUAUAUCAGAUUUGCACUUUAAAUGAGCUUAACUGCUUGGAGUUGUGCCUGAAAUGUCAAAAUGCCUCCUCUUGGGUAUGGCUUUGUUUAGUGAAAUGAAUUUCUCUGUAAUUGUUGCUGUUUGAAAAUAUCAGUAGAGCCUUUCACAGAACUAUAUCCCCAGCAUGUCCCUUUUUCCAUUAAAGCACUAAGUUUUCCUUAAAUGUUCCAUUGUCCCCUGAAGUCAUUUACUCAUUUUAUUCAGUGCAUCAAAGAGAGCGUGACACCCCCCCUUCUGUGGCCAAAGUGGCAUUCCAGACCCAGAGGCACAUUCUGCUCUCCCAGCAGCUCUGGCUCCGGGGCUGGCCCCAGAGCACUGGGGAUGCACUGGGAAUUGCCACUGGCUGGCUCCGAAGAGAAGACCGCAGCACCUGCUCUGGUUACGCUCUACCUUUCGCAGUAGUGUCGUGUUGCUGAGUUACUUUGGGUGGCUCUGUUUGCAUGCUUAUGCACACAUUGGAAAAUCAGUUAUGACUAUAAUGCAAAUACCUUACAUUUUUCCUCGGGGAUGAUGGCCUUGCUAUUUUUCUUAAUUCUAAUGCUUGAAUUCUGUUUUCUCGGUGUUUUAACCUGUUCCUUUAAGUUUUCUGCUGCAGCAAUUUGAGAGAAUACAUUUGUAUAAAUGAUUAUGAUGGUGGGCGCCAAUGGACAAUUAUGUUAUUAAUUAAAAAUAUAUGUCUUAACCUUGUUGGGGAAAAGUUACCCAUUUCUCCUUGGUAAAGCAUUGCUCUAGCAAAAUAAUACUGACCCUAAAAAUUUAAAGUCUCUUAAAUCAUGACUAAAAACAAAAGUAAUAUCCACACUGUUGUUUUUCACGUUGACUUCAAAAGCUGGUUCAGAGAGUACAUACUGUAUAUUAGAACUUGCCUGUAAAGUGAAUUAUAAAGACCAGAUGUAAAGUCUCUUCCAUGAAAAUCUUGGCAUAGUAGAUAAAAAUAAAGCUCAUAAUUACAAAAA